AUGACGCAUUCCGAAAGAAGUCACCAGUUCACUCAUUCUAGCAGCAAAAGGAGGGCGUCAGUGGUAUACGGCUCAGUAGGUAAAGGUGGACUUUACAUUCCUUCAGAUUUCAUCGGGUCCCCAUCAGAUCGAAAUCGUCAUCUGCUUCAAAGUGACAUUGAAGCGGAUGAAAAUUCACCAUUGAUCGAUGUCCAAGGGACACAGGCUAAUUUGGUGGAUAACGUAUCCAACCAUUUCAAAAACAGACGUAAGCUGAGUGUUGCUAGAGAAUUGUUGGAUCAAGAACGCGAAUUGUUGGAAGAAAGUCAUAUUCCAGUGGGUGAUUUAAAGAGUGAUGACGAUGUCCGAGAUGCUUUUGAAGAUGCAGUUGAAAAUCACCAGAUUGAAGUGACUACUCCUAUGCUUGAGCUAAAAACAUUGAUCAGUUCAGCUAUACCAUCGGUGGUUACGUUUCUAUUGCAGUGCUCACUCUCCACAGUGUCUGUCUUUAGUGUUGGGCAUAUUGGUGCGACCGAGUUGGCGGCAGUCUCUAUGGGUGCCAUGACGGCGAAUAUAACAGGAUACGCUACUAUACAAGGUAUUGCCACUGCAUUGGAUACUCUAUGCCCGCAGGCUUUUGGAGCAAAGAGGUAUACCAUGGUCGGAGAAUAUUUGCAAAAGUGUGUGGCAUUGAUUUCAGUUGUCAUGUUACCGGUUCUAAUUGCAUGGGUGUUUUUUGGAUAUGAUUUGAUUUGUCUUCUUGUCCCGGAUAAGGAGACGGCAAAGUUGGCAGCACAGUACCUCCAGUACGUUUCCGUAGGUAUCCCUGCUUACAUAUUGUUUGAAUGCGGAAAGAGGUUUUUGCAAGCGCAAGGGAUCUACAACGUUGGAGCAUAUGUAUUGCUUAUUGCUGCACCAUCAAACUUGAUCAUGAAUUGGUAUUUGGUGAAACAUAUUGGAUACAUUGGUGCGCCUAUCUCUGUUGCCAUCAACUACUGGUUAAUGGCAGCUGGGUUGUUUGCGUUUACCAUAUUUUUCGUCAAGGCAGAGGACGCACCUAGUGGAUUACAUCCAUUGAAAUGCUGGGGUGGCCUCAAUAUCAAACACGCCUUCCAAGGUUGGAAAAGACUCGUCUCGCUAGCCAUUCCAGGUCUUGUUAUGUUGGAGGCUGAGUUUCUUGCAUUUGAAAUUUUGACUUUGUUGGCAUCCUAUAUUGAUACAAAGUCCUUGGCGGCACAAUCAAUUGGAACAACAAUGGCUUCUUUGACAUACCAAGUGCCAUUUGCUAUUGGUAUUGCGUCGUCUUCUAGAAUUGCCAACUUCCUAGGAGCAGGGUUGGCAGAGUCAGCAAAGGUGACUACUCGAGUUUCACUUAGCUUUGGAUUGAUUAUAUCUGUCUUGAACUUUCUUGCGUUGUACUGCUUUAGAAGACCAAUUGCCAACGCCUUCACUAAAGACCAAGAAGUUAUUGACAUUGUGCUUGGUGUGAUGUGGCUUAUUGCAGCCAUGCAAGUUUCUGACGCCAUGAAUGCAAACUCCGCUGGGUGUUUAAGGGGCCAAGGACAAACCAAGAUUGGAGGAAUUGUGAAUCUUGUUUCGUACUAUGUUGUUGGUCUCCCGUUGUCGAUCUACCUCUCAUUUUACUCACCAUGGAAAGGUUCAUUGCAUGGUUUGUGGUAG